AUGCCUCCAUUCGCAACGAUCCUGCGGACAAUACAAGGGAAAGGUCAGUGGUGGGAACAAUGGCGACAAAAGACCUUCGGGUCUGCGGAGCCAACAGAAUCGUUUUCCCAGUUUGCCGACCGCGUUUACCGCAGCGGGCAUCCGUCAGAGGUGGGGCAGCUUGCCAUCGCUUAUGGUAUGGCUGCUGAUACGUCCAACCUCUUCCGCUAUCUGGAUUCCGUCGAACGUUGGGUCAUAUCUAAUGAUGAGUACGCUUCUAGCCCUGAAGGAAUCGAAUGCAUGCUAUUGCAGGGUAAAUGCCUCGCAGAUAUUGGGCAGCCACAGCGCUGCUGGUCCGCGUGGCGGCGGGCGCUUCUCUAUGCUGAGUUAAGAGGCCUCCAUCGCAACCAUUCUGCUUCUGAUUAUGGUGAUCGCAUUUGGUGGUCGCUUUUCAUAGGUGACCGGUUCGCGAGCUUGUUCCUUGGCGUUCCUUACGGUAUCAGCGAUAGAUUCUGCGAUAUUUCGGUUAGGGGGGAACCUAGCAGCUCUUACUAUGCCCUGCAGCAACUGCAGGCAAAGGUUGGCUUGAUCAUUGGCCGCGUCAUUGACCACAUCCAUUCGGGAACGACGGAGCUCGCUCAUAACGCCACGAGUCUGGACCAUGAGCUAGAAGAAGUUGCUUCCUCCAUGCCUCCUUCCUGGUGGGACUUACCUGCCGCAUUGCUAUAUACCGAUAAGGAUUUGAUGGACGUACGAUUGAGGCUGUCUUUACAACUGUGUUUCCAUCAUGUGAAGACUUACUUGCAUCUACCAUUGAUGCUACGAUAUCCCAGCAAUGCGCAUUGCAGUUAUAAUACGGAAGUCUGCCUGAAAUCAGCAAGGGAGGUGCUGCGCCGCUUCCUUUUCCUUCGCAAGAAGAGACUCGGAGCUGUCCUGGAUGAAUGCCGGACCACAGACUUUAUUGGGUUUACGGCCGCAAUCAUCCUGAUCCUAGGGUUGUUCGGAUACAAUUGGAAUUCUCGGCAUCGACAGGGGCAGGAUUCGGAGGACUUUCAGAUACUGAAAGAGUCACUACACGUGUUCAAGGACAAUUCGACGGCCAAGGAAGAGAGGUUAGCUGCAAGAUGCUUCGAAUCAUUGGAGGUCAUCCUAGGCGCCAUCGGUCCUGAAUCCGUUCCCUGGAUGAACUGUGGAUGCGUUCUCAAACUUACAGUUCCGUAUUUUGGCACAAUAUCCAUAGUGCGCAGAAGCUUGCAAAGCGACACUCGGGAUAACAUUCAGUCAGCCGUCUGUAUGCCUUGCGAAGAUCCAUCAACACGCAACCAUCAGUUAGGUCACUGUCAGGAGUCAGGUCCAGGCGGUCCUGGAGCAGUGUUCUCCUCCGACAACCCCGGAAGUGCCUUACCUUGUGAGGAGGAGGCGUUCGUCGAGUACAGUGGACUCUAUAGUACAAACUACGGAGCAAAUGGCACAUCGGAAUGUGGACCACUCGCGGGUGGCCAUCCUUCUACAACUUGGCAGGAUACGGACAAAGAUUGGGUCUGGUGGGAGUCUAUUUUCGGGAAUGACAGGAACUCCCCGCAGCAGAUGUGA